AUGAAGAAUGAGCCGGAUAAUGCUUUUGUUGUUGAGUUAACCAGAGCCAUGCUUGCCAUUGAGAUUGUAAAGGAUAUGAAUUGGAAAGACAAUCAUUAUGGUGAUAAAUUAACUAACUUGGAUUUACAAGAUUUGAACCUGAGAAGUAUAACUCCCUCCUUCCUAGCUACAAACGCAACACUGCUACCUACUCAUUCCGUUUCUUCACCAUUGCUGCUUCAUCCUCCUAAUGUAUCAUUUCACUUCAUAUCAAACUCCCUUCGCCAUUUGCAUUCAGAUUUCGACGCUUCCAUCGCCGCUAGCUGUGCGCACCAUUUCCCUGACACGAUUCCAACUCAACUCACCGAAUCCACUCUCGAGCUUCCGAAAGAUAAAGCUUUGAGAGCAUUGAAAGGUAGAAAUAUAUGCGGCGAAGCUGCAGUGUCCAUUACUGCGGUGGUUGCAACAGACAAGAACCAACAUGUGCAAAAGGAUAAUAAUGAGAAUAUAACCAAACCAAUUAUUGCCGAGAAUGUUUCGCAGGAUGGUAAAAUGGGCAGAGAGCUUUCAGCAUUCUGA